AUGGCAGGCAAACACCCACUCUAUCCGAUCCCUCCUGCGCGACCGCUGUACCGGUUUGCUGCAACAGGUCUGUCAGCAAGCAUGUGGUUUUUCCUGAUGUAUCGGGCGAAGCAAGAUGGUCCAGCAUUACUUGGAUGGAAGCACCCUUGGGACCAUUGA